CAGCGCGGCCGACCGACGGAAGGGUAGGUGUGAGUGGGAAGCUGGCUCCGAAUUCCUCGGAUGCAUGCACGUCUUGGAAGGUCGGACGUCGGCGUCGGUCGGUCCGCUGCUCGUGCGCCUCGGAUCUUCUCGUGCACGGCUGUGGUUUUUAGAGCUUUCCGCGGGCUCGAGAUAACGGGCGAUAACGGCGACCCGUGCUGCGCGCAGCUCUCGUCGGGUCUUAUCGGCGAAGGCGGCGACCAACGGGAACGGCGGCGCAGGCACCGCAGCCACGGAGACCCAGCUCGGCGGCAGGUAGGUCGACGUGUUGAUGGAAUGAAGACCGCACUAAUUGUGUGCAUCGUGUUCUGUUCGUCAGCGUAUGGAGAACCUGAAUUGACGCCAAUAUGUCCGCACGACUGUCACUGUGGGGACAACUUUACGGUGGUCGCGUGUUCGCACCGGCAGUUGCACCGUUUUCCGGAGUCGCUUCCCCGCCGCGUUCAAGAACUGGACGUCAGUUUCAAUUUCAUCGAAGUCGUUCCGACUCUCGACGUCGCGGGACUCACCAAGGUCACGUUUUGCCACAAUCACGUAAGGACAAUUGCGCGCGGCACUUUUGCCCACACGACAGCUCUGCGUACGCUGGACUUUAAUCACAACUGUCUGGCUUCACUGUCAGCCGAUGAUCUGGACGGCUUGGAAUCGCUUAUACAUUUGGAUCUGAGUUGGAACGAACUCCGCAAGCUGGAGCGAUACGCCUUCCACAGGGUUCCCAAUCUGAGAACACUGAAGCUAUCGGGAAACCCGCUGAGGUUUGUCGACAGCUCGUGGUUCAAGAACUUGGAUGUCCUCGAACUGGUAGAGCUGCGGGCAAUAGAUGCUUACAGCCUGGCCGCCGACGCCUUCGUGCUCGCUCCCCGGCUGCACACGAUCGAUCUGUCCGAAAAUGACUUCACCGAGGUUCCCAAAGGGCUUGACAGCGCACGGAAUCUCAGGUUCCUAAGAAUGGACCAGAAUCCCGUGGUGAACUUGAGCAGGGCUUCUCUGUCGGGUGCAAGAAAUUUGGAGGAGCUUCACCUGAGUGAAAUGCCGCGACUCGAAAGCGUCGAGAAGGGCAGUCUUUGGAACAUGAGGCGCCUAACCCUCGUCAAUAUGAGCAACAACGUGCGACUAAAGCAGAUAAGUGACUCGGCGUUCCAUUGGGUGAAGUCGCCGGUCGUCAAGCUUAUAUUGACCAACAACAGCUUGCAGUCUCUUGAUUACGCAUACAGCGGACUCUGCGAUGCAGGAAUGCUGAACCUUGAUGGUAACCCGUGGAUGUGCGACUGUCAAGUGCUUUGGAUGAGACGCUGCAAUGCGACGCAAGAUCUAAGGUGUAACAGCCCACCAACCUUGGCUGGCAAAUACAUCGGCCAACUGAAGCUGUCCGAGAUGAGUUGUCCACUGAGCCAGCGACUUCUCCUUCGCUUCGAAGAGACUGGUAGCAACAAACUCAUGCUCGCGAUUGUGGGGGUGAGCGCGCUCACUGUGACAUUGGCCGCAGGUUUGUGCUUUUGGCGGGGGCGGAAGCGGCACCUGCAAAAAGACACCCGUUACAGCGCCGUCCACUACGUGCAUGUGACUCCGAAAGGCGACGCUUCAGCCAUGGGCAAGAAGACACCCCUGAAGCCGUGGUUGCUGUUGCUGCUACUCGCCAAAGUUGCAUCUGAAAAUGCCAAGGACACGUGCCAAGGCUGUGCAUGCAACGUGUUCGAUGACGUCGGUGAAAUGUUCCUUCAAUGUGCGAACCGCUCGCUCCAGAGGCUACCUGAACUGGCCAACGCCGUGGUCGGCAUUGACGCUAGCCAUAACAUGAUUAGUGAGUUGAUCAAAUUCCCAAAACUGUCUCUCGAAGUGUUGGACUUGCACUUCAAUCGCAUAAGUGAGAUACCGGCCGGUGUGUUUGCCGAACUAAACUCACUCGAAUUCCUCGACUUGAGCCACAACAACAUCGCUGACGUGCGUCCGGAAUGCUUCGAGGGACUCGAGAGGCUUUCGGUGUUGAAUUUGACUGAGAACUUCCUAGAGGUUCUCCAGCCCAAGGUGUUUAGCACAAUGCCCCUCCUCAAGAAGCUUCUGCUUGCUGGAAACACUCUCACGGCCAUCGACUCAUCGUGGCUGGCCGGCUUGCACAGGCUGGAACACCUGGACUUGCGUAUGCUUGGCCUUCGCUCGCUGCCCAAAGACGCGUUUCGGGACUUGCCGCAGCUACACCUGCUGGAACUUUCUGACAACGAGUUCGAAGACGUGCCAACAAAGGCGCUGGCCAGCGCGAAGUCUCUGAAGAUUUUACACUUGGAGCACAAUCCUAUCAUUACGCUCACUUCCGAGUCUUUCGUCGAUAUCUUCGCUAUCGAAGAGCUCCACUUAUCGGCGAUGCCCAAACUGGAGUCUGUGGAAGAAGGAGCCUUCACUGGCCUUGAGCAUCUGAAGAUCUUGGACCUGGCCAACAACCCUGCUUUGAGUUCCAUCGCUGCCGGCGCUCUUAGUAUAGAGCCCAGCAACAAUACCCUGAAGGAACUGUAUUUGGCUUAUGCCAACCUGACGUCACUGUCUUUUGCCGGCUUCGAGUGGUGCAGCAUCGACGUUCUGGACCUGCGUGGAAACCCUUGGCAUUGUGACUGCUCCUUGUAUUGGGUCAAAGGCUGCCACUUCGCACCGGAACUUAAGACCAAGUUUUUGUGCGACUCCCCGGCCGAUCUCUCGGGCGUGCUGGUGACGCAGCUGACGGACGAUGACCUGCACUGCGUGCAGCACAGUGCGGCAGCUUCGGGCAACGAACGAGAGGAGGAGGAGCACCACCACGGCCACAUGACGCUGCGGCUGCUGGUGGUCACUGCGGGACUCGUGACGCUUCUCAUGGUGCUGGCCGUGGCGCUGGUCGCCUUCCGGCACAAGGACAUCCGCGACUGGUACCAGGACCGGAAGCGCAUCGGCGCCGUCUACUACGUCAAGGCCAACUCGGGCCCCACGUCGCGUUGCUCGCAGGUCUGACCAGCGCCGGAUUAAAAAUCGGACGAAUCCUCGCCCAUCUACGUCAGAGCACCCUUCCCCUCGCCCAUUUUUCUUCUUCAGGAGGACUGCUGGUGCAAGUGUAUAGCAUUGGAAGGAUCGUGAAGGAACUGCUUUGAGUGUUUUCGGUUUGAAACGCCAGCGUGCCUACGAACACAAUUGCUUCCUCCAGUUAUGUGUUAUCUUCUUUUAAAAUAGCUACAUAUGGGCUUUUCUCCGCCACUAUCACCUGGUGCAGCUCGGGCUGUUGCUAUGCCUCUGCUACUAUGCCGAGAUACUUCGCUCCCGCUCGCUUUCACUUUGAUCUUUAUUAGAAACUGGCGGAGUGUGAUGAAGUGUGUGUUACGGGAGGGCAGAUAUUUGGGGAAAGAGGAAAAAGACGACAAGGACAGACAGUUGAGCACGAGGGCAGGUACAAAUGCGGAACAACAACAACAACAACAACAACAACAACAACAACAACAACAACAACAACAACAACAACAACAACAACAACAACAACAAUAACAACAACAACAAAUGCGGAGCCUCCGGACGCCCAUAUUCAGUAUUGACGAACAGAAUAUACACAGUCCUCGCACCCAACUUAAUUGGCAUGUAGAGGUGCUUCGAUUAGAAAGAACCAUCGUCGCUUCAGCCAUGCGGCAUAACGGGUAAGUUUCUGGCCCGGUGCGAAAUACGCUCAUGCAUAUGUGAUCGGAGGCACCGUAAACCCAACCCGUUAUUCAUGCUCGUUCUCAGUGGUUGUGCUCGCUCUUUCAUGCAAAGCGCGCUGUGGUAGGCAAUUUUCCCACACACGCCUUACAAAAUAGGCCACUCUGUAGCGGGCUUGUACAAAAGGCCUUGUACUUAUUCGCGCCAUAGUAGGAGCUUGAUCCAUACUGAACGUAGAAGUUCGCUUUUAGCUGACGCUAGUUCUUGAUGUAUACAUAUUGAGAAGUUUACAUAGAUCUCACAACGACCUUUUUUUUUCUCUUCCCACUGUUGUUUUCCCAUAUGGGGCUGCUAUCUGAGGGCCGUUUUGUGAUUUAUGCUUAGCUAGUCAGUGCCAAACUGGGAAAAAAAAAUCUGCACCUCAAUGAUCAAAGAGAGGGAAGGGAGAAAUAACUCCUUUAGCGACAUGUUGUCUCUUAAUUCCCCUUGUUCGCUUUUUCAACUGUAUAAUUAUUUUGUGCCGUUCUGCCACUGCUGCGCCGCUUCUGAAACCUGCGCGCGUAAAUGUCGAUCGUUCAGCGAGCCUUUUUAACUGAUCAGCGUUCACGAGGCAGCUCCUUUAUAUGGUUGAGUAUGUUAUCGAAAUAACGACAUCCUUGUGGUUCAAGCGCGCACGCUAGAAGAGCAUUAGCCACUUGUCCCCCAUUUUAAGCCCCACACUGUAAUGCUUUUUGCUUUGUGCUGCCACGUGGCUUUGCAUUCCUUGUCUACGUUUGAGCAUAAACAUAUCACGCACCCUCGCUCACAAAAUGAGUAUGCUUAUUUUUUAUUUGCGCACAGAUUCUUAUUUAUAGUUUUCACCUGUCACUUAAUUGUGAUAAUAAAAAGAGUUUAAGGACGC